ACGAAUUCUUUGCUUAAUUUGUUUCGAUAUUUCGAUUUUCGUUGUUUUUAAAUAAACAGUUGAAUUUUGUAAAGUGGCAAGAUAAUGAUAUAUUGUCCACUUCUGUCGGAUUUCACUAAAGGAUUAUCUAUUAGUGUUCACUUCCUUGUAAUUUAUCAUGACAAACAUACUUUAGGUUUUAUCAUGCAAGAAUUAAGUGGGAGGACACAAAUACGAUUUUUAAUUAACAUAACCGGAUCUCAUUUCUACUUCCUUAAAGUAUGUUUACUUCAUAUUUGUGCAUGGAUAUCAGUUUUAUAAUAUGAUAUGGAUAAGAUACAUAUCAUUUUGUGUAUUCUUUUUCAUUUCCAUGGAAUCAUUUACGGAGGUAUAGAAAGAGAUCUUACUGAUUGUCAACGGGGGCCCAAAUAUGAACCCUGUGUGUGUAAUGAUGUACCGGUUUAUCCUCCGUUUGGCUCUACUGAGUUUGUGGAUCAGACACAAGGAACAUAUAAAUGUGAGAAAGGCUACGCUUUAAAAGUCAAUGCAAUUAUUCGAUGUCUUAAGGGAAGGAAAAACAGAUCAAAUUAUUGGAAUGCAUCCGAAAGUGCUUGUGCAGCUAUAGACGACUGUGAUCCCUCCCCAUGUUAUAAUGAAAAUAUAUGCAUUGAUGGAAUUGAGGACUAUACAUGUCUUUGUUUACCUGGAUAUACAGGCAAAAACUGUUCUGAUAAUAUAACAACAGUGAGUGAAACAACUUCCGGUCACGUCACACAACAGACAAGCAACGAUGAUUCAACUGAAAAGCAAACAAUUUCAAGAUAGAGGCAUACCUGUAAGUAACUCAUCAAACUCAAG